GGUCAUUCUCUGUCAUUUUAGCGAAAUCACUUUAUUCUCAAUUCCCUUACUGGUUUAUAAACUCUUCCUUAUGUGUUUGCUGAAAGGGAAAUUUCCUCUGGCCGUGGUCACGAUACUUGUUCCUUUGGUGGCAAGUUUCACACUGAAAUCUGUCGAUCCAGUUACUUCAAAUAAUCCAACUUUUGAUAGCUGCGAAUGUCACAGCGGCAAUUCGUCGUUUUAUUGCUGUCAAUCCAUCUCUGUCUACCGAUUUAGUGAGUUGGUUUGUGUGAAUGUGUCAGGCGUGGAUACACAGAAUGUCAUACCAUUCACCCUAUCUGUAGAUGGAAAGCCCCGCUUCACUGAUAAGUACUCAGAAAAAGCACCUCAGCCUUACUGUGUUGAGUUUGACAACCCAGGACCAGUUUACAUCUGUUUGAUUUUCUACAACCUAACGUUCACCAGCACACAGGUCAGCGGUUGCCUGAAGCUGAGAGUUUUAGUCCAGGCUGAAAUUUUUAUCCCAUUGAGAUGUUUCAAUAUCUUCCGACCUUCUGAUGUCAAGCGAGAGAACGAUUUUACAACAACCUACAUAGUUUGAGUUCUUUUUUUUUUUCCGUCAAGUUUUUGUGAAGAGUGAUUCUGUUUUGGGUAACUCCUCUUGGAUAGUUCUCAAGCAUGAUGACGUAAUUUACUGAAAAUUAAUUCGCCUCAAACCUCGUUCGUACUAAAAAAUAUUCACAACCCUGAAUUUUUUUUUGUAUCACGAGUGUAUACUUUUAAUUUACGUGUAAUGGCAGCAAUCUCCAAUUAAAAAUAAACAGUCCAACCGUCAAGUA